AACGAAAUCAUAGUUAUACAUUAUCUUUUCCUUUUAACGUUUUAAAGCAGGAGUCAGCUUUGCUUAUGAGAUAAACCUCUGCUUCAAGGAUGAGUGGUGAUGAUAUCAGUGUUAGUUCGGUUUCCUUCUCCAACAGCACUGAUUUCAAUCUCCGCCGAAUAUCAAGGUCGAUGAAACUGGAGAAGUUGGAAGAUGAAAUGUUUGAGAGGAGUCUCCCAACCAUGAUCCCCUUAACUCGAAUGAGGAGAAUCAAACGAGCUCCAGCUACUAAACAAAUGCCCCUUCUCAACACCUCUACACCGCGACAGAAGAACCCCAGAGUAACACGUCGACUUACUGUUCCUCAGAGAAUUUUCCUCUGCAAGGAAAUGUACAAAGGAGCAACCUACAACGCCAUCGAGCAUCUUUGGAUGACCUUGUACCCAGAUGAAAAUGCUCCUUCAAGGACAGCCCUCUAUCACCUUAAGAAGAAGUUUGAGGAACACGGCACCGUGCAGAAUCUUCAGUGUGUUGCUUCUGGAAGACCUCGGACUGGUGUCAGCUUGGAGCACACGCUUAUGGUGUAUGAGUCCUUGCAAGAUCUUCCCAAUAUUUCGACAAGGGAACGUGCUAUUAUGCUGGACAUUCCGCGUACAACUCUUCGGCGUAUUAUAAAGGAGUUAAAACCGGAACCGGCUUGAAGAAGUCAUGUCUCAUAAUGUCUGAAAUAGACCCGUUCGAGAAAUAUACCGUUUGCUGAGAACCUUGACUGUAACAUCAUUGUUGUGAA